AUGCAGCAGCAGCAGGAACAGGUACAGCAGCAACGCUACCAAGGGCAGCAACAGCACAAACCCAGCAGCAGCAGCAGCAGUAACAGCACAACCCCACCAGCAGUAACAGCAGCAGCAGCAACAGCAGCAGCAGCAGCAGCAGCAGACCCGGCAAGAGAACCAGAUCCUGUGCUGGCGACUGAGCUUCAUUGCUUGUCAUUCAUUGCUGAUUAUUGA